AUGAUCCAGAAGAGGAAGUGCUCCCUGGCUCCAUUGCUCCCGGAAAGACAGGAUCCCUGGUGGAUGCCCAUGGAGCUUAUGCAGACCUAUGUUUCAGAUGAGCUCAAGGCUGCUGCCCUGGUGGAUGAAGACGUAGACCCGGAGGAGAACCCGGCCGAUGGAGAGCCCGCGGCCAAAUACGCGUGUCCGGAGAAGGAGCUCGGCAAGCCCUGCUCCAGUUACCAGAACUCCCCGGCGGCCGAGUUUUCCAGCCACGAGAUGGACAGUGAGUCGCACACCAGUGAGACCAGUGACCGCAUGGCUGACUUUGAGAGCGGCUCCAUCAAGAAUGAAGAGGAGGCGAAGGAGGUCACGGUGCCCCUGGAAGACACCACCGUGUCGGACAGCUUGGAGCAGAUGAAGGCCGUGUACAACAACUUCCUCUCCAACUCCUACUGGUCCAACCUCAACCUCAACCUGCACCCGCCCUCGUCCGAGAAGAACAACAACGGCAGCAGCAGCAGCAGCAGCAGCAGUAGCAGCAGCUGUGGCAGCGGCAGCUUCGACUGGCACCAGAGCGCCAUGGCCAAGACGCUGCAGCAGGUGUCCCAGAGCCGCCUGCUGCCCGAGCCCAGCCUGUUCAGCACCGUGCAGCUGUACCGGCAGAGCAGCAAGCUCUACGGCUCCAUCUUCACCGGGGCCAGCAAGUUCCGCUGCAAGGACUGCAGCGCAGCCUACGACACGCUGGUGGAGCUGACGGUGCACAUGAACGAGACCGGCCACUACCGAGACGACAACCACGAGACCGAUAACAACAACCCCAAGCGCUGGUCCAAGCCGCGCAAGCGCUCCUUGCUGGAGAUGGAGGGGAAGGAAGAUGCCCAGAAGGUGUUGAAGUGCAUGUACUGCGGCCACUCCUUUGAGUCCCUCCAGGACUUGAGUGUCCAUAUGAUCAAAACAAAACACUACCAAAAAGUGCCUCUGAAGGAACCCGUCACCCCCGUCGCCGCCAAAAUCCUCCCAGCCUCGCGGAAGAAAGCGCUGCUGGAGCUGGAGCUCCCCAGCUCGCCGGACUCCACCGGCGGCACCCCCAAGGCUGCGCUGGCUGACACCACGGACGCGCUGCAGAAGAAUGCCAACCCGUACAUCACCCCGAACAACCGCUAUGGCCACCAGAACGGGGCCAGCUACGCCUGGCACUUCGAGGCCCGCAAGUCCCAGAUCCUGAAGUGCAUGGAGUGCGGCAGCUCCCACGACACCCUGCAGGAGCUCACGGCCCACAUGAUGGUGACCGGCCACUUCAUCAAGGUCACCAACUCUGCCAUGAAGAAGGGGAAGCCCAUCAUGGAGACACCCAUCACGCCCACCAUCACGACCCUGAUUGACGAGAAGGUUCAGUCGGUGCCCCUGGCGGCCACCACCUUCACGUCCCCCUCCAACACACCUUCCAGCGUCUCCCCGAAACUGAACGUGGAGGUCAAGAAGGAGGUGGACAAGGAGAAAGUCGUCAACGACGAGAAGCCCAAGGAAAAGGAGAAGGCCGGCGAGGAAGAGGAGAAGUAUGACAUCUCUUCCAAAUACCAUUACUUGACCGAAAACGACUUAGAGGAGAGUCCCAAGGGGGGACUCGAUAUCCUGAAGUCCUUAGAAAACACCGUGACAUCAGCAAUCAACAAGGCGCAGAAUGGCACCCCCAGCUGGGGGGGCUACCCCAGCAUCCAUGCCGCCUACCAGCUCCCCAACAUGAUGAAGCUGUCGCUGGGCGCCUCGGGGAAAAGCACGGCCCUCAAGCCCAUGUUUGCCACCAGCGACACCGUGUCUCCCACCAAGAGCCAGCCGCUGGUCUCGCCAGCCAGCAGCCAGACCUCCCCCAUGCCCAAGACCAACUUCCACGCCAUGGAGGAGCUGGUGAAAAAGGUCACGGAGAAAGUCGCCAAAGCCGAGGAGAAGAUGAAGGAGCCGGAGGGCAAGCUGUCCCCGCCCAAGCGGGCCACCCCUUCCCCAUGCAGCAGCGAAGUUAGCGAGCCCAUCAAGAUGGAAGCCCCCGGCGACGGGGGCUUCCACAGCCAGGAGAGCAGCCCCAGGCCCCAGCAGGACGGGGGCAAGGAGGGGAGCCCACCGGCCGAGCCAGCGGAGAACGGCAAGGAGCUGAGGAAGCCCCUGAGUAGCAGCACCGCCAUCAUCACUGACCACCCGCCAGAGCAGCCUUUCGUCAACCCGCUGAGCGCCCUCCAGUCGGUCAUGAACAUCCACCUGGGCAAGGCUGCCAAGCCCUCCCUGCCCGCCCUGGACCCCAUGAGCAUGCUCUUCAAGAUGAGCAAUAGCUUGGCGGAGAAGGCGGCCGUCGCCACCCCCCCACCCCUCCAGUCCAAGAAGGUGGACCACUUGGACCGCUAUUUCUACCACGUCAACAACGACCAGCCCAUCGACUUGACGAAAGGGAAGGGUGACAAAGGGUGCUCUUUGGGUUCAGUGCUUUUGUCGCCCACGUCCGCAUCCCCGGCAACCUCCUCAUCCACGGUGACAACGGCGAAGACAUCUGCCGUCGUAUCAUUCAUGUCAAACUCGCCGCUCCGCGAGAAUGCCUUGUCAGAUAUCUCUGACAUGCUCAAGAACUUGACAGAGAGCCACACGUCAAAAUCCUCCACUCCUUCCAGCGUCUCCGAGAAGUCUGACAUUGACGGGGCCACCUUGGAGGAGGCCGAGGAGGCGACGCCCGCGCAGAAGAGGAAGGGCCGCCAGUCAAACUGGAACCCCCAGCACCUGCUGAUCCUGCAGGCCCAGUUUGCCGCCAGCCUGCGGCAGACCUCCGAGGGCAAGUACAUCAUGUCCGACCUGAGCCCCCAGGAGCGGAUGCACAUCUCCAGGUUCACGGGUCUCUCCAUGACCACCAUCAGCCACUGGCUGGCCAAUGUGAAGUACCAGCUCCGAAGGACAGGUGGAACAAAGUUCCUCAAAAACCUGGACACUGGCCACCCCGUGUUCUUUUGUAACGACUGCGCAUCACAAAUCAGGACCCCUUCCACGUACAUCAGUCAUCUCGAGUCUCACCUGGGCUUCCGCCUGCGGGACCUGUCCAAACUGUCCACCGAACAGAUUAACAAUCAAAUAGCACAAACCAAGUCCCCCUCAGAAAAAUUGGUGACGUCCUCCCCCGAGGAGGACCUGGGGACCUCCUACCAGUGCAAGCUGUGCAAUCGGACCUUUGCGAGCAAGCACGCCGUCAAACUCCACCUUAGCAAAACCCACGGGAAGUCCCCAGAAGACCACCUCCUGUACGUGUCCGAGCUGGAGAAGCAGUAGCGUUGGCUUUUGACGGGAGGGACUCUUCCUUUGCUUUGAGGGAAGCCCGGGCAGGCACUUCCGGGCCCCCUCCGUCUUGUUCUUGGCACAUGUUCUUAUUUUAACCGCAGAGCACCAGCCUGGGCCGGACCGUUUUGUAUACGUGUACAGUGUUUCAUAGAGGUGCAUCAUCAGCUGUUGUGACUGGUAAAACUAUGAAGGUUAAAAUGCAGUGGUAAAGUGUUUGGGACUUUGUGUAAAUGGGAUUUAGUCGUAAGCAUCGCUCUGGUGCUUCAAGCUGCAUGCGUUAACAGACAGUUUAAGCAUUUAUAACGAACCCGGGCACACUUCCUCCACGCGGCCGGGUGUGCUAGGCCUCCUCACCCUUUCGUCUUCAGCCCUGAGUACUUUGAAGCACUUUUGCAUUAAUUUGGUUAUAAAAUGAAAUACUAAUAAUGUAUGAAGCUCUGUUUUUUAAACUCCUCUACCAGCUUAGUUAUAAUGAAUAAUAUGAACCUCCACUUAUGCAGGUCUGCAGGGGUAUUACACGCCUUGAAAUUUAAAAGAAUAUUAUUUUCACAUUGAAACAUAGAUGUAUAUAUUGUAUAGAUUUCAGACUCUCUUAUGAAAGAAAAAAUGUGAUUGUGAUUAAAUGACCAGUUUCUUUCUUUUCUUUUUCUCCCCUCCCCCUGCAUUUAUACCAACCGUGUUUUAUGUACCUACUAUGCUCUGGGCAUAUGCUGUGCCUCUGUAUAGUGUAUAUUUUGUUGUUUUUGUUUCUUGUUGUUGUUUUUUUUAAGGUCUAUGGGUUUUGUCUUUGUUUGUUUCUUUUGUUUUUUUUACAAGCAAACAUUGUAAAUUAUACAGAAGAUACCACAGAUAGCAUUUAUAAAGUAUACAGAAACAUUAUCCGAAAGCAAAGUAUGAUCGUUUGUUUUGCGAUACAGUACAUCUAUAUUGAUAGAGGCUCAUGUUUAAAUUAUGCAUAUUUAUUAGCACUGCAUUGCCAUUUGUUCCGAGCAGUCUGGGUGAAGGCGGCUCAGAACGAAAUGCAGCCGCCGCAGAGGCAGCCGAACCACGUUGCACACAGUCUUUCAAGUUAGAAAUCAGAGUGCAUUCAAAAUUAGCUCAGUGCUCAAAGGGUUAAGCUAAUUUGAAAAGGAGAAGAAAAAAGAACCCAAAAAAGGGCAAAAAAGAAAAAGAACUUGUACUGUAUUUCCUAAACAUUGAUAAAAAAGUAAUACUUUGCUUAAAAGUUAUGGGGCAUUCUGUGAUCCCACCCCUUCCACUUAUUUAUGAACCCUCUUGGUUGCCGUUCCGUGUGGUUGGAUACCUUCUUAUUUCCAUUGGUAACUUUCUGUUUUGUUCUUCCUAAUGAUUCUCCUAAGAUCCCACACUGCAGCUUCAUCGGUAGGCUUCUCUGAAAGGUAACCCGUGGUUACCGGCUCUCCCAGCAAUUCUGUUCGCCUCCAUUUUUGGCAGUUAAUUUGCAGAAGUAACUGACAGCUGACACCAUCUGAGAACCUAUGUAUAAAAUAUUGGCAUGUAAACAGCACAGACACUGUAACACACGCUGUGCCCUGUUUUGUUGUUGACAAUGAAGCACCGUUAUGUGACUCUUCAUAUAACCCUUUUUUCUACGGCAGCAUUAAAAUUGUCUUUUUGCUAUAA